UUUGAUUUCAGACCGUCUCUUCGAUGAUCGAUCACAUUUGAACAAUACUGGUCCGAGCUGAACCGGCUAGUUCGCAUCUACAGCUUUACCACGCAGGCUUCUAUUCCAUCAGUCCCAUUACUUACAGCGUGCCUGCCCCGCACAGGUUUAAUCACCUCUACUCAUUCCCUCCACCUCCACUCAUUUCUCCUCUCAUCUUAUUCCCUCCAUGUCCUCCAACCAGUCAGUCACCUUGAAGAAAUUCGAGCCAAUUCCAGUAUCUCCUUCCGAAAUAAACGUCGACUCCAAUGCUGUCGACAAUACUCCGGAAUCGAACCCCGGACAAUCUAUACUUCUGACUCCACCGAGCUUUCCCGACGGAGGGAGGGAAGCAUGGGCUGUCGUUACUGGCGCCUGGCUAGCUGUCUUCGUUUCGUUCGGGUUCUUGAACGCAUUUGGGGGCUUCCAGGCUUACUACAAGCAAAACCAGCUUUCACACAAAUCGGAAAGCGAUAUUGCGUGGAUUGGCGCCUUCCAAACGUUCUGUAUAUACUUUAUGGGUUCCGUCUUUGGCUCGAUCUUUGACAAAUUCGGGGCCGGUCCCCUUAUCUUCAUUGGAGGUGUAGGAUUCUCGUUAUCGUGUAUGAUGCAAAGCAUAUGCAAAGAAUUUUGGGAAUUCUUUUUAGCCCAAGGACUAUUGCAAGGCUUAUGUCUUUCCGCGUUAUUCUCACCGUCUUUUGCAAGUAUCAACCAUUGGUUUUUCAAACGUCGAGGACUAGCUUUAGGAAUCGUCACUUCCGGAUCCUCUGUCGGUGGUGUAAUUUGGCCUAUUGCUAUUAACCGUCUUAUUGGAGAGGUCGGAUUUGGCUGGGCCCUUCGUACAUGCGGAUUCAUUGCGCUUGCCUUAACCACGGUCGCUGCGUUUCUAGUCAAAGGACGCUUGCCGAAAAGGACUGGCUCUGAGUUUUUUGCGUUCAGCCUUUUUCGAUUGCCUGCGUACGCUAGUUUCUGCAUCGCUAUGUUCUUCAUCGUCCUCGGAAUAUUCUUCCUGCUCUUUUUCCUUCCCAGUUACGGAGGUGCCAAUGGCUUCGACGCGAACAUGAUAUUCUACUCCGUAUCCGUGUUGAACGCUGCGUCAUUCUUUGGCCGUAUCCUUCCCGGAAUGGCGGCAGAUUCAUGGGGACGAUAUAAUAUGAUGAUCAUUACUGGGCUUAUCUCUGCAUUGCUGGUAUUAGUGAGCAUAGCUGCUCGAAACACAGCUAGCAUCCUUGUUGUCGGAGCUUUGUAUGGUUUCACUUCAGGAAAUGUACUUAGCUUGCAAGGAGCUUGUGUUCCUCCUUUGUUGGAUGACCCUAGGAAAAUAGGUAUAGGUAUUGGGCAGAUGUUGAGUGUCAGUGCUUUUGGGGCACUUCUAGGACCUCCGAUUAGUGGUUGGCUCAUUGCGUUCAAUGGGUUUGAGAGUGCCCAGAUAUUCUCUGGGGUGAUGUUAGCUUUUGGUUCGUUUAUGCUUUUUGUCACAAGGAGUCUUCUUCCUAGAAAGGAUUCCAAAUGGAUUCUCUGAUAAUAAGCUAUGUUCAUGUUUUUACUUGAUGGUUUGGACAAUGUCAGGUGGCAUAGGGGCUCCUAACUCCACUUUUCCGUAAUACAAUACUUUAUGUUAUGACCGGCCUUAAGUUCAUCAGGAAAACGGUCUCCAGUCAAUAGUCAUUAUAUUCUCAUAAAUUUAUGAUAACCAAUUCAUGAGAUAUCAAUCUCUGUCAUGCCAUGUCAUUAGUUUCUGAGAUUAUAGGAUAGGAUAGGAC